GCCAUUAAUUAGACGAACGCGAUGCGACUUCCUAUCAUGCACGAUAGAAGAGUAGUCGGAUCCAUGAUCAAGUAGAUUGGGUUGGGUGGGUCCAUGCACUCGUGGCACGUUAUGGGCCCUCCACGUGUACAAAGUCAAUCCCAGAAGUCAACGAAAUCAGCUCAAAAUCCCCAUCCGUAAAGUAAGUUUGAGCCACUCUCUCAGCUGGGCUGGCUGUCGCAUUGCGGCGAUCGCGGAUGGCCAAGUCUCUGAUGAUGGCGGCGGAGUCGAGCUACCCGGCGAUGGCCCGGCCGGUGGCGGUUGUCAGCUCCGCCUUCUGCGUCCCCUACGUGGUGGAUCUCACCAUCGUCCGGAAGCUCAUCGCUGUCACCGACGGCAAUUUCCUCGUUACAGACGUCGACGACAACACUGUCUUCAGAGUGCGGGGCGCUCACUUCAGCUUCCACGACCGGCGCGUCCUGCUCGACGCCGCCGGCCACCCCGUCGCCACUCUUCGCCAGAAGAAAUUAACAGCACACCGGCGAUGGCAAGUUUUCAGGGGAGAAAGCUCGGACUCUGAGGAUUUGCUUUUCAGUGCCAAGAAAUCAUCCUUAAUCCAGUACAAGACCGAGUUAGAUGUGUUCCUUGCUGCUAACACGAAAGAAGAUGUUCCCAACUUUAAGGUUGAAGGGAGCUGGUUAGAGAGAUCAUGCACCAUAUAUGCUGGGGACAGUUCCAUGGUCAUUGCUCAGAUGCAUACAAAACACACGGUGCAGAAGGUUGUCCUCGGGAAGGAUACCUUCUCUGUGACAGUAUACCCUAACAUCGACCGUGCCUUCAUCACUGCACUGAUCGUGAUUCUUGAAGAGAUCAAUGAGGACAAGGACAACGAUGAUUAAAGUUCUUAACGGGUAAAAUUUCCUUCUUAAGUUGUGGUAUAACAUUGAUUUUUCUUAUUCUUUUUCUUUUUUUCUUUGUUUCUUUUUUGGCAUAAGUUGUACCCCGUGCCAUCUGAGACUAUACAGGGAAGAAGAGAAUCUGCUUAGCUUAUCCUGCUUGAUAAUAUGAGGUGGCUCGUGCACUUGUAAGCUUCUCCAGAUCGGUCGAGAUUAGGUCCAUGUAUUCUUGCUUAAUAUGCUCUGGAGUUUGAUUUUCCAGGAUAAUGUCUCCCAAGAAAUAUAAUAUUGAACUAUGCGAUCUUCUCUUUUUCUGCA